AUGCAGACCAUACGGUCAUGGUUCGGGUUUCCAAAAGCCUGUCCGUAUAUUGGUACUAAGGAUAGAGAUAUGCUCAAAACUGGAUACAUGAUCAUCAGUUUUGUGAGGGAGGGUCAAAUGCUGUCCAGUACCUGGGCAGAUCACCUCCUAAGCGACAAAACACGAAGGCAAACUCUUUUCGGUGAUCUUUCGAAGAUCAUGCUUUCACUUAAUCGCAUCAAAUUACCGCGAAUCGGAUCCUUGACAUUGGACGACGAUGGCUUGAUUAAGUUGAAGAAUCGACCCCUGACAUUACGACUCCAGACAUUCGAAAAUGAAGGUAUACCCACGAUACCAAGGAAUUGUACGUAUCAUUCGGUGGAGCCUUAUAUUUUGGAUCUUUUGCAGCUUCACGACAACCGCAUUCACCAUCAGCCAAAUGCGAUUCAUAAUCUGAAUGAUGGACAGGAACAAUUUGCGGCUUUAACCAUGAUGCGUGCUCUUCUACCUCAAUUCAUUUCCCGUCAAUACCGUGAUGGACCAUUCGUGCUUACACUCACUGAUCUCCACGCAAGUAAUAUCUUCGUUGAUAAAGAUUGGCAUAUCACGUCCUUGAUCGACUUGGAAUGGGCAUGUUCUUUUCCCAUUGAGUUACAAACACCUCCUUACUGGCUGACUGGUCGACCUAUUGACGAUAUUGAACACGGAGAAAAUCUCGAUACUUUCCAAGAAGCUAUGACUGAAUUCAUCAAUGCUUUUGAAGUACAGGAAAAAGAAGUCCAGACUUCGGCUUUUUCUCAGGCCGAGAUCAUGCGGAAAUCCUGGGAGAGAGGUGGCUUCUGGUACUUCCAGGCUGUCAAUAGCCCGAAAGGUCUCCUUCGGGUGUUCAAUGAGCAUAUUCAACGCAUGUUCUGUGAGGAGCACUGCACCCAGCGAGUAUUUGAUCGAACUGUCAGUCCAUAUUGGUCUGUAGGAGCUGAGAGUUUUAUCCAGAAGAAGGUGGAGCAAGAAGCCGAGUAUAAGGAUCGAAUAAGGAAGCGGUUUGGUGAAGUUGAUCAAAAAGGCUGA